CAUCAGAUCCUCCCAGAAUCUAGAAAAGCCAAGGAAACUGCAAAUAAAGUUAUCAAACGCGACCAUAAACUUUCUCCAUGAUAUAGUCGUCCUUGAGUGGGAAGGAAAGAAGCCAAUUUGCAUUUGUUUGAAUUUGAAGUUUGAAGUUGGAAAUGUAGUAGAAUGGUGUUCUGUAUGAGAAUUUGAGUUGCAAACUCGAAGGCUCGAGCAUGGGGGGUUUCAGAGCAUUAUCUCCCUCUAUCCGCUGCUACAUUCAUGCUCCCUUAAUGCAAACCGCAUAUUCUUGUUUUUCAUCUACAAGAUUCUUGCUUGGAAUUCUAAGAGUAUCAGUGAUUAACCAGUAUGGACCCCAGUUCAAUAAUGGAGAAUAUAGCCUCUUCCCACAAGCAUUGCGGUUUUACAAUCGGCGGCGCUCAUCAUAUGACCUAUUUGGCAAAGGAAAGUUAGGAGAUGAGGAAUAUAGGAAAGCAUGGGCAAAGGAGGCAUAUUCAUGGUCUGAUAGUGAUGAAGAUGAGGACGGAAAGAAAGAUGAUGCAAAUGUUGAAGAGGAAGUUAGAAAGAUGAAAGAGAAAGCUGAGGAAGAAGCAAAACUCAUAGACGCCGAUGAUAGUGAUGAGUUGAGAAGCGUGUGGUCUGGAAGCGAUGAAGAGAAGACAUUGUGGACAGGUAGUGAGGAAGAUUCUGAUGAUGACAUCCCACCCCAGCCCCGCCCAAAUGAGAGAAGUGAUGAGUAUAUAGAUAAAUUGUUUGAGUUUGAGGAUAAACCUAAGUAUAGGACAAUUGCUGAGCUAUUAAAAGGGGAGAAAGAAGAGGAGAAGAUCUCUCCAGGAAAGCAAGCGAGGAAGAUAGCAGUGGAGAAUGCUCUGAAGAAGUUGAAGAAAGGACCAGAUGGGCGGUAUACAAACGUUUGGGAGGUUAUGAGUGACAUAGAUAUACUGAUAGGAGCAUUUGAGAAUAUAGUUUCGGGGCCAGAGUAUGCAGAACUGAGAGACGGGGGGCCCAAAAAGCUGAAUAUAGAGUUCUUUAAGGAUAUUCAAGCGAAGAUGAGGGAUCCAAAUUAUCAGUUCUCACCUGAGAUGAGAUUGAAGCCCAAGAGUAAGUUAGUGCCAAGAAAGAAAUGGGAGAAGGCCCAAGCUAAAAAGAGGAAAUUCAACGAGCGUUGAGUAUGAAUUCCUCCCUCUCUCUCUCUCUAUAUAUAUAUGGGGAAUGAUUUUAUGUAACAAUUCUAUAAUGAUAUACUGUGGUUUUAUUAUCAUUAUGAGAAAAAUGUUAGAAAAGAAAAAAUUGAUUUUGAGUUCAUAAA